AUGUCAACCGCCAUGGAAACGUCACCUACACACUCUCCGCCGCCUCCUACGGUCCCGCGGCCAAAGGGUAUCCUCAAGAACUCCUACCUUGGCUCUCCACCCGCGGGCCCUACUUCCCCCCUCGAAGCCCAGCAUCGCCAUGACGCUAGCCACCCCCCGCCACUCAUCCACAUGCCUUCCUCCGCAAAAGAGGCCAAGGAGAUCACCAUCAUGAACACCCAGAUCAACGCCGGUCAGCGCCGGUCAUCAUCCGUCGCCGGUUCGCGCCCCGGCAUGAGCGGUUCCCGCCGCUCGACAACGCCCAGCCACCAUGGCGACGAAGACUCCGGCGAACAAGGCCAGCGCCUCAAAUGGGACGAGGCGAACCUCUAUCUCACCGAGCAGGAGCGCUCCAGCACCAUGAAGAUCGACGAGCCCAAGACGCCCUACGCUAAGCACUACGACCCCUCCGAGGACCCAUCGGACGACGACGAGGAAGUGCCCGAAGCCAUCGACCAUAACAAGAUCGACAUGGAUCGCGUGGACGGCCUGUCGCCUCUUCCUAAGCAGAACAAGCGCAGACACGGCAACAUCGACGACGAGAUCCCCGGCCUGUCACUCGGCGAGCCCGAGGAGGCGGUACCCGAGGGUGGCUUCCCCUUUGGUCAGGGCGCUACUGCUCGUUCCGAAGACGGCGGCUCCCCUAAGCGUCCCAGAGCUGUGCAUGUCAACAGCAACGGUAGCGGCCAUGAUCCCGAUGAUGAACUUGCUGGCAUGAACGCUGAGGAGAGAGAGAAGCAUCGAAAGUUUGAGGAGAUGCGCAAGAAGCACUAUGAGAUGAAGAGUGUCGCGUCGCUACUUGGGCACCCUGAGGAGCUGGAGGAUGAGGAUGAUGAUGACGAUGAGGAGACCCCCGUGGUGCCGGCUCUUCCCACAAGGUCGAAUGGAUCGUCGUAG